AAAAUAUGGUGGCUAGAUAAUGUGUGUCAGAGGGGACACUUUGAGCUAGGAUAGGAUUUGUAAACUACCAUUUCAAUUAAGAAGACCUGGACUUCGCUUUAGCGCCGAGUUCUCGCUGUGUGCUGAUUGGUCAGUCUCGUAUAAUCGCGCAUGUGUCACUAAUGUUAACGUUAGCACACAAGAAGAACUAAAGUAUUUGUAGUUUGUAAAAUCUGAACUAGCUCAAAGAGUCUUGUCUGAUAUGGAUUAUCUGGUCAUACUAUAUAUUAAAAAAGAACCUUUUUUAACAUGCCGGUGUCAGAUUUAUUUUGUCCGUUCUAAACUGGUGAUUUCCACACUACUGCAUCAUACAGAUGAAGAUAACAAUAAAGAUGGUUUGACCGUCUACCGUACAUAAGACUGCGGAUACGGGUGCGGUUCGAUUUCCGUUAAUUAAGUUUCACAUUGACGUUGUGUAGCCUAUACUUUGCUAAUGCCGUUUGUGUGAAACGAAAGAAAGAGCCCGAAGUGUGAAAGCGAGACCUACAUUCAUAUUAGUAAUAAACAGCGAUCCACCCCUUCGGUCACUUCUCUGCCUUGUGGUAUAAAAGAUAAGUCGGGCGGCAAACGCAGCGGAAAGGCAACUGAAACCCCCAAGGCAUCAAACAUCAGAGCAGGACCGAGCGCCGACAUGCAGCCUGAUUGGAAUCAACGAACAGCUGGGGCAAGAUUCGCAGGAGCCGCAUCCAGCCAAUAUACCUUCGUUUUUUUUGACCUGGAAACAACUGGCUUGGAUGUCUCGCAGUGCCACAUUCUCCAGCUAUCUGCUGUCUGUGGUGAGAGGACCUUCAACAAGUACGUGCUCCCAAGACACAGCAUAACUGCGGGAGCGUCCAGGGUGACGGGUUUCACUGUGGAAGGCGGCAGGCUCCUGCAGCACGGGCACCCCAUGCCAACCGUCCCCCUGAGGCAAGCGCUCAUUGAUUUCCUCACUUUCCUGCGCGGGGUCCAGAGUCCCGUCCUGGUGGCACACAACGCGCUGGACUUCGACGCCCCCAUCCUCCUCCGCACCUUGAGCAAUUUCUCCUUCUAUAAUAAGCUGACGUUCAUCGUAGGCUUCCUGGAUACUUUACGGCUCAGCUAUGACCUCCCGGUCUGCUCCGCGUUCAAGAAGUUCUCACUGGAAUACCUCGUCAAACAGUUCCUGGACAAGUCGUAUGAGGCACAUAACGCUCUGGAAGAUUCCAAGGUCCUGCAGGAGCUGUUCUAUGUCUGGAGUCCGAGCCCGACGCUCGUAGCCAAACAUCUGUGUUCAAUAGAUCAGGUAGAGUUCUAGCUUCCAGUUGCAGUGGUGGCUUGAUGGCUAGGGAAGCACACUUGUAAUUGAAAGACCUGAGCAAGGUACCACCCCCAAGCACUGUUCCCCAGGCGCUGUCGGCUCGAGUCACAAUACAGUCCCGUGCUUAGUUUUUUUUUUUUUAUUACUACUUAAUAAAAUAAUAAUAAAAUAGUAAUAAUUAAUAUUUUAAUGUUGUGAGCUGUAGUGUAUUGCAAUUAAUCACAAAAUUCUAAUUCAAAGCUAGGGGGUACCCGGGAGGAAUGUUUACAGGGUAGGGCAGUCCCCUGGUUAAGAAUGCCCGACUUACGAACAACUCGUACUUACUAUUAUAAAUUCGGGUUAAAUAUAAUGAUUCAUAAUAACAAACGCACGCAUUUCUUUGUGAUGCUCCUGAAAAUAUUGCGCGGCUUCAGCGGUUCGUCGGCUCGAGUCACAAUACAGUACCGUGCUUAGUUUUUUUUAUUACUACUUACUAUUUUUUUUUUAAAUAAUUAAUGUUUUAAUGUAGUGUUACCUUCAAAUUCGGAACGGAACUCUUUCGUAACCUGGGGACUGCCCUGUAUUUCUGAUGUCUGGGUCCGGUACCCGUUAAACAUGCCUCUCUAAAACUAUGUUUUUUCAUUUAGCAAAUUGGCAUCUCACAACUCCUGAAAAAUAUGGAUGUUGAAAUGACCUAUACUUGCUUUAAUUGCUUACAUUCAUCUUUUUGCAUAAUUAAAUGGAACUGCAUCACCAGCCAUAGAAUUUUAAUAUGCUAUAAGUUUAGUCAAAAUAUUUCCACGUCAUUUUCCACAUUACUGACACAAAAUCAUGCCUUUCAUUUCAUUGUAUGUACUUUUGCUUAAUAUAAGUGAACUAUGGACCGAACUCGUAAAUGCAUUCUAUAGUCGUGUAUUCCAUUUGUACUCUCUCAUAAUAAAACAUCUAUACUAACAAUUUUAA